AUGAACUUCAACAUCGAACUCGCCGUCCCCAGCGAUGCUGCGCGCAUAACCGAGAUCUAUUUCUCCGCAUUCACAAACGAACUCAGUCACCGCAUCAUGCCGCGCACCGACGAUGUGCGCGAGUACCAACUCGCGAGGUUCAAAAAACUCGCUGAGACGGCGCCCACAGAUAGCAAGACGCACUUCCUGAAGAUUGUCGGCAGCGGGUCGGAAUCGGACCCGACUCCGGUAAUCGCAGGGUUCGCGAUCUGGCGGUUCUUCGAGGGCGACAGCGCAUCUGACGAGAAACAUUCGAAGAGCACCGUGCAAUGGCCAGCAAGCAGCGACGCCGAAUUAUGCAAUUCGUUCUUUUCCCGGGUGGACCAGGAGAGGAAGAAUGCAAUUGGAGAACAACCGCAUUAUUACCUCGACAUGCUCGCCGUAGACCCCGCCUUCGGGCGCCGUGGCUUGGGCGCGCGACUGCUAAAAUGGGGCCUUGAUCGCGCGGACGGCGAGCGGGUCGUCACGUUCAUUUCGUCGUCGCCGACGGGGCGCGGGCUGUAUGAGAAGCAUGGAUGCCGGGCGCUGAAUAACUAUCAGGUUAUUCCUGGGUAUCGCGAAACGUCCAUGGUGAGGCCUGUUAGUGGGCUUUCGAGGGGUUAG